AUGGGGCUGCACGCCAUCAUUUUACUCUGUGCUGUUGUGGCAGGAGCUUCAGGGAGAUCCUUGGAGCAUUUAAGUUACGGAGCUUCCUGUUUUGCAGAGUGUGUAGGACACAGUGCAUCGUACUUCCCCAAAAGAGCUAGAUACAGCUACAGGUAUUCAGCAGUCACCAACACAUUCCUGCAGGGCAGUAUUUACAAAAGCAGUGGCAUCUCUCUGGAGAGCACAGCGAUCAUUGAGGUGUUGGGGAAUUGCCAGAUGGUUUUGAAAGUGCAAGAUGUACAGAUUAAGAAAAGUCUUGCAUCCAGAGAGGAGUCUCUGAAAGAAAUGGACAGUCUAAGGGUAAUACUAGAACAGCAUCCUCUUCAUUUUUCUUUCCACGAUGGGAAAGUUCUGAAGCUCUGUCCUGUGAGGAGUGAACAGACCUGGGCACUGAACAUAAAGCGAGGCAUUCUCAGUGUCCUGCAGACGUCACAAGCAUCCACUGCUAGUGCAGUCAUUGAAGAGGUGGAUGUUCUGGGAAUAUGCCCAACCAGGUAUCAGCGAAAAGGUCCUAUUCUUGUCAAGACAAGGGACUUAAACCUCUGCUCUCAUCGGUAUUCUGGUUUUACUUCUGUGCAGUCUGUUGUUCUUCCUCAUAUGUCCUCUGAGCAGCAGAUCCUGUCCUCCAAACUGGAAUGUGUUCAGAGCAUUAAGGAUGGAGUCCUGGCAGAGGCCAAAUGUACUGAGUCCAACCUUGUUACACUGUUCUCUCAGAAGGGCAGCAGGGCAAAGACGCAGACACAGUCUUCGCUGAAACUCUUUCAAGUGGAAACAGAGACACUGUACAAAAAAGUGGACUCUGAGGAUCUGUAUGUGACCAGCAUGCUCUAUGAAAGGGAAGAAACUAAGAGGGAAGUCACUGGAGGGGAAGUGACUGAACUAGCGUGGAAGCUUUGCUUAGCUCAUAGUGCGAGUUUUGAGACUGCAGACCUUUUCAUGACUCUCGUGUUUGAACUUCGACAUCUUUCUCUUGAGGCCUUAAAAGCAGUAUGGCAAAGAUCCUCGUUUAAAUGCAGAGACAACUGGCAGCCGCUAAUAGAUGCUCUCCCAUCUUGUGCUACAGAGGCAUGUGUUGUCCUAAUGAAAGAAAUUAUAGCUUCCAGAGAAGUCGAGGAAGACAAAGCGGAAUAUUUCUUCUGGUCAUUUUCAUUCAUUCCUAAACCCACCUCGGGCAUGAUCGAAUCUCUUGCUCCUUUACUGAAGUCACCAGGAGCAAGCCAGAGCUGCUUCUUAGGAGUAACUGCUCUCUUACAUAGGUUUUGUUCCGCUUACAACUCCUGUGAUGGUGUACCUGCUGUGCAGAGUGUUAUGAGGACUCUUGGGAAAUUUUUGGGAGGAAACUGCACUGUGCAAGAUUCAGAACGGCUCAGCGAGAUGCAACUGGUGUUAAAAGCCAUUGGAAACGCGGGACUGGCAGCAGCUUCGCUAGCUCCUAUUUUGAGCUUGUGUGCUUCCCUGAAAAGUAAUCCAGUCGAAAUUCGUCUAGCUGCUAUCCAGGCCUUCAGGCGCAUUCCCUGUUCUGUCAGGAACGCUUUAUUAGUUCAGCUGUAUCAAGCAACCAGCGAAGAUGUGGAAAUAAGGAUUGCUGCUUAUUAUAUAGCAAUGAAAUGUCCACAUGAAGAGUUAUUUAAACAAGUACAAAAGACUUUGCUGAAAGAGACAUCCAGUCAAGUGGGCUCCUUUGUUUGGAGUCAUCUCUCUCAGCUCCUGGAGACGGAUGAUCCAUUGAAGGAGCACCUUCGAGAUUCUAUUCCUGAUGAAAUCCUUAGCAGAGAUUUUGACCGGGAGACAUGGAAAUACUCCUCAUAUUCCGAUGUCACGUUCCACUCAGCUGGUGCAGGUGCAAAUAUGGAAGCAUCAGUGGUCUUUUCUCCUGCAUCUUUUCUACCACGAUCAGUCAUGACAAAUUUGACUAUUCACCUUAUGGGGCAGGCUAUAAAUCUACUGGAGGUUGGUGUACGAUUAGAGAAUGCUGAAGCUCUCAUGCAGAAGAUUUCUGGGGAGAAGUCUGCUACUUUCAGUGACUAUUUUUUUUCAAAAACUAAUGAAAGAAACCACAAGUCAGAAAAUCCAGUGGAAACAACAGGAAAAGUCAAGCAGAGGAGGCUGACUUCGAAGCAAUACAGCCCUGCUGAUCAUCUUGUGACCAAGUCUGGCAAGCCAAAGUUGAGAAAAGCUAACCAGAAUUGUCCUGGUAGAAAGUACAGUAAGAUGAGUGAGUUAGUCAAAAAGUUCACUGAGAGAACGGUGAGAAAGGAGGCACUGAAAUGUCAGCUAAGCAUGAAAAUCUUUGGAAAUGAACUUAGCUUCUUGGAUUGUGAAGAUUUAAGAAAACAAAUGAAACAUUAUUCUUUAAAUCUGGCUGAGUUGGCUGUCAAACUUCUGAAGGGGCAAGAGGUCCAGUUUAAUAAAAGGCUGAGUUUGGCCACUGAAGAGUUGCAGUUUCCAGCAAUUUCAGGCUUUCCUGUUCAGCUGGCAGUCAAUGCCUCAGCAGCAAUCAACAUAAAAAUCAAAGGGAAUGCAGAUUUCAAACAACAGUCAAAUUUCUUUCUAAAUGGAUAUGUCAAGCCAAGUGCCUUUGUCCAGCUUUCUGUCCAAAUGGGAACUGUGGGGACUCUGGGACAAGCUGGCCUAAGCUGGUUAACAGGAGUGAGAACAUCUACUAGUCUUGAUGGGGGAAUCCAGGUAAAAAAAGGGCAAGAGCUCAAAGUUUUCUUGAACACUCCAGAAGAAUCUAUGGAGAUAAUUAAUUUCAGCUCUAAACUCUACUUCACAAUGGUGGAUGAGAGAGAAGAUAUAGAUGUUUUCCAAGACCAUGUGGAAACCAGAUCUUGCACUAGGGAGGAAGUGUCUGAGAUUAUUGGCUGGCAGCUGUGUUCUGAAAUGUCAUAUCCUGACCCAGCCAGCAGUUUGGUUUUCCCCCUUACUGGACCUUUGAGAGUGGCUAUCACAUUAACUAAGCAAGACAGAGGCCUGCAGCAGUACGUUGUGGAAGCUGCAUAUAACUAUAUUCCUCAGGAGAAUUCAUGGAUCCCAAAUGAAGCUGUCCUUCACUUCUUCAUUGGGACUCCUAAGUCAGACUUGAAAAGGGAUGUUGGUGUUGACCUAAAUUUUAGUGUCCCAGAGAAGAAAUUCAGAAUCCGAUUUAUACAACCUAAGAAAAAAAUUGAGAUUGAUGGGAGAAUUGAGUUUUCUAAAAAUUCACGAAUUGGACACCUGGAGCUGAUAGUAGAUGACCGAGAUGUAUAUUACAUUAAGGGAAUGACAGAGUUGCAGAUGCUGAGUGGAGAGCAGAGAUACAUGACCCAAUUGGAGGUAAAGCUGAUAAAGCAAAGCAGUCCUAUCAUUCUGUCAGGAAACAUCACUAAACAGCUUGGCAAGAAGAUAGCUUUUUCAGUGUCCCUGAAUAAUUUAUUGAAGGAUGCUGCAUUUCUUUCAGCAUUUCUGGAGAAAAAGGUUGGUGAUAAGCUGAGACAAUACUCACUGGAAGGGGAGACUUUCCUUCCAGGUGUUCUGGGAGUUCACAUCAUUGGUCUUCUCCAGCAACGUGAGGGCUUCUGGUCACAUGGUUUGAAGAUAAAAUAUGGACUCCUAGGAGAGGCAAAAAAUCUUCAUCAUGAAUGCAGUAUGCGGCAGAAGAUUGAAGUGGAGACAGGUGCACAUGGCAUGUACAAUCUUGAUAUUGGGCAUGAAUUUCACUGUAUGCAGACUCCAACCUAUAAUCACAAGGUUCACCUGAAACAUGAAGCGAAUGCAUCUUGGCUUUCCUCCCAGAUGGAAGUGAACUAUGGGAAACACUGGGAUGAAAUAAACAACAAGAAGAAACUGAUGAUCAGCCAAGCAUUUAAGAACAGUUCCAGUUCAUCUCUAGUCAACUAUUUCAUGGAGUUUACCAUGCAAGUCCUGGAAAAACAGGUGAAUUAUAGAACCCAGCUGCAGCACUCGCACAACUCUCAGGUUUAUUUGCAGAGCAGCACCAACUUUGAGGUGCAGUAUAAUGACCACGUGCCAUUUAUGGCUGGGCUGCAGUGGAAAGACGCAUCCAGAAAUGGCCUGAAGAAGUGGGAAGGUGGAUUAAAUAUAGAUACCCCAUGGCUCUAUCUGUAUGCAGCUCACAAACUACAUCAGCCUCAGCAUUCUGCUUAUUUACUAACUAUGGAGCUGACAACCAGAAAAGCGCUCUCCAUUAAGAAUCUCGUAGUGGAACUAUUCUAUAAAGAUCAAGGCAAUGAAAAGGAGGGGAAAGUUCACAUUUACACGCCAGCUACCACGUACCUGCAGGCAUCCACAUUUAAUCAUCUUGGGAGGAAUAGUCUGCAUAGCUACAGUGAAAUGAUGUCUCUGUGGAAUCAGCUUGUGAAGAAUGAGAUUCAUUUGGAGAAUAAUGAACGAGCCAAAUUUCUCUGCUUUAAGAUAAAGAGUACAAAACAGGAAUUUAACUUCACAGCCAGCUAUCAGAAUCUGCCAAUGCCUAAGAAGACAAACUUUUCUGUGAAGACUGUAUGGAGAGAUUAUAAAAGUCUGCCUGUCAUGCUGCAGUUUGAAGGUCAGAUAGAAGAGCUGAAGAAGAUGAUGCUCUAUCAAAAACGUGGAACCCUCCAUUUCAGGCAUCCUUUUAAAGUGCCAAUUCUGCAGAGCUUCCUUCUGCAGGAAACAUUUACUGUUGACAAAAAGCAAAAGCACUAUUUCUUGGAAACAAAAGUUUUGAUAAAUGGAAAGGAGGAAACAGUUCAAACGCUUACACUUGGUUACCAACCUGAAAAUCCCUAUAUUUGUGCUGGCUUAACUCAUCCUUAUAACUACAGGUUGCUCCCCAAAGAUGUUGAAAUAUGCAUUUUAGCUCAAAGUCACCAAAAUGUGAAGCAAGAGCUUGAGACGACCUUGAAGGUCAAUAACGAAGAUGUUCUGAGCUUUUUAGGGAGAUAUCAGGACAUGUCCAGUGAGGCAGAUUUUAGACAUCUUCUACACAUGGAUGUGACACAUUCAUUCCAGCUUGAGUUUCCACAAGCAAUGGGCCUAAGUGGGGAGCUGUUUUCCAAGCAGACUAAAAUGGAACAGUUUGACUACGGUGUGAAUGUAAAAGCCAUCAUCAACAAGAAUGUGUCUUCACAGGUCAGUUCCCUGAUUAUUACAGCCCAGGCAGCCCUAAAGAGUUAUGGUGAGAGCAAUUUCAAUGGCUCUCUUUACCUUCAUUCCAAUGGAAGGGACAUGCUGAUGCUGGAGGUUGAUAUGAACAAUGAAAACAGGAGGAAUGCCAGAGUUGUCGAAUUGAGGGCUUUCCUCCAUCAGACAAUCCUGACAAACCCAGAAUCAAUACAGUUCCAGCUCAUGGGCAAAAUGUUUCCGUCAAGACUUUUGAUAUCUUCUGAGAUGAAGCUUAAUGAAAAUAGGCUUCACAUGGAUUUCAUGGGAGCUAGGGAGCAGAAAGUUGGUUUUGUUUUGUCCCUAAAUGGAAGAGUCCAACACACAUUUGCUGGAUUAAAGGCCAUACCUCAUCUUCUUUCUCUGAAUGGGUUACUGAAGUGCAAAAACAACAUUCAUGAUGGUAACAUCAAUAUGAUGGUCAACAAAACACUGUAUGGACUCCGUCUCAGGAACAGAAAUGUGUUUGGGAAUACCACCGUACACAAUAUUGCUUUUGCUAUGUUUCAGAAUGGCAGUCAGGCAAUCCCAAUGGAGGCAAAACUGAAAGGACACUUGGAGCUGAGUAAAGAGAUGAAAAGGGGACUAGCUAGCUUCCAGGUGGAUGAGAAAGCUCUUUCUGUAGAUUUUUCCAAUAUCAUGAGUCGCGGGCACAGCAGAAUCAGUGGGACUUUCACACAUAAUAUCAGCUUUUUAAAAAAUGCAGGUAUGAACAAAACUCUGAGAUUGCCCUUGGAUGGCAUUCUUACUGCCAUGUGUGACCAUGGCCCAAGAAAUCACACCAUUACUAUAGCCCUACAGAGUGGCAGUGAAAGGAUUACCGCUGUGUUUGGAGGUCACAGACUGUCUGCAGAGCCUCCAAAAUCCCAGCUGUCUGUGAGUUUAAAGCACAACAUCUCAAAGAUAAAGAAACAUGGGAUACCUUUUAUUGUGGAAGCUGCUGGCUAUUAUGAGAAUUUCACCAAGAAGAUUGCUGCAGGGUUAACAACCACGGUGGAGAUGGAACAGCUCAAAAUUGAGAUAGAGAAGAAAACCACUGGCAGUGCUAUGGAAAUUUCUCUUUCACUUCACCAUGAUGUGGGAGGACUGAUGGACAUUGUUCCAUGUGUACUAGAGGUUGCUUGCAGCGGAGAAUCUGCUAACAAUCAACUUUCUGGCCUUUGCAAUGGAGCAAUUACAUUUCAUCAUUUUGAGACUCCAGCAAGAGUUUCACUGAAUGGGUCAAUGUUUACCAGCAACUUUACUGUCAUCUUCUUUGGACAUGUUUCUUUUCAUGACGUGUUUGCCUGCCUGCAGCUCUAUGCCACUACUAACAUCAAGCCUCAUUUAAAAAUUGACUUCCAGCAUUCUUUGCCUUCGCUUCAGUCUCUGGGAAUUGCCAGAGAGAACCAAGUGAAGGUGUCAGCCAUGAGAAGUGACAAGUAUAAGGGCAUGCUUGGUAUUGUCCUUGGGCCUUGCAGUUUAAAAGCUGAUGGAGAAGUGAGCCUGGCAAACAAUGAAACAGAUACAAAAUGGGUACUUACUUUUAGAAACAAGUGCGUCAGUCUAGAGGAUCUCAGUAUUCCAACUCAGUCACGGCUCACAGGAUUUAUUCAGAAAGACAAGUGCCAAGCAGAACUUCUUUGUGUCCUUGAAACAGAAGGCAAGACUGCCCGUCUUGAAGUGAGAGCAGAGUGCAAGCCAAAGAUUACACUGGAAAUUCAAUUCAGGCAUGACCUCCCUCAACUGAAGGAAAUCCCAAGGGAAAAUAAGCUGACUAUCAUGGCACGAAAACAGUUAAAAUAUUAUAUUGGAAUAGGAAUGAAAUCAGGUGCUUGUGAGCUUCAAAUGAACGGGGACUUUGACCCUGAAAAGAAGCUUCAGUGGAAAAUGUUUAUAGAAAACAAAUGCCAAACAAUUCAGGAUCUUGGAGCACCAAUAAAAAUUGAUGGUUCAGGCUAUGUUUUGAUGGAUAAAAUGAACCUAGAUUCACAGACGUUGAUUACUGUCGAUGAAAGUAAAUUACAAGGACUCCUUAUACUAAAAGUCACUGAUGAAAGACAAGAGCUGGAUGCGGUGCUAACCCAUAACAUUCAAGGAGCUGCUGACGUUGGCAUUCCUGUGAGGAUGUUAGUUGAUGUGAUAUCAGAAAAAACCAGCAACUUCUAUAAAAGACUUAUUCACUUCUGUGUGAACAGCAAGCAAAUUACAGAAGAACUGAGCUUUGUCCAGAAGUUGGAUGUUGUGUCUCUUAACUACAAACUUACUCAUAACAUAGAGGCACUGAAGACUUGGCAAAUAAAAGACAGGAUUGAGUUGCAGGCUAUCUUGAACCUGAAAGUGAUCAAGAGCUUUAGUAUGAAAGUGCAUUAUGAUGCUCACCUAACAGUUCUCGAAGGACAAAUCCAGGAGUUUGAAACAAGUACCAACAUAUCUGGGAAUUUCCAUCAUACUUGGCCAUGGCUGCUACAAGCCAGAGUCCCAUCAUCUUUACAGAUAGAUGUGGUUUUUCAAGGGAGAAACACUACUCAAGAAAGAUACAUGCACAUUGUAGCUGGAGAAACAUCAAUCACGUACAUAAUAAACUCCUAUUAUGUUGGUCACCGAGUGGAUAUCUUUUGCCAAAGUGUACAUAGCAGCGAGGCACUACAGGCAUCUGGCUACCCUAAGGCAAUCAACUUGACUCUCAGUUCACAGAAAUCAGAAAACAAAGCCAAGACUAUCUGUGAAAUCCAAUAUGAUGACAAAGAUAUAACUGUGACUAUGGAUGUUGACACAGACUUUCAGCUCUAUGGUAUAUUUGAAUUCAUGGCAGAGGUGAAGCAUUCAAUAUCACUUCUUCAUCAUCUGGGACUUCCCUUCUUUCUUAAGAUGACAAUUCAAGAAGUCCUGACUGAAAAUGAAAUUGAAGGAGCUCUGAGGCUGACCUAUGAACAAAACACAAACUUCUCCUUUACCAUCAGUAGGAAAAAAGACCAGCAAGGUGAAGAGUUGAAUAUAAAAGCACUCCAGACUCAUCCCUUCUUCCUACAGUACUUCCCCAGUGCAGCAGAACUGUCUUCUAAGGUAAAUUAUGAUAUGAGUGAAGCAAAAGGCAAACUCUACCUCAGGAUGGAAAAAAGGGAUUUCAAUGUUACAGCUAAGCUAACUUUCACUGGAACCAGCUACACUAAUGUCAUUGAAAUAAUCCAGACAAUGUCCCAGUUAAAAAUUCUUCCAAGGCAGCUUGUGUUUAUGAUGGCUUACCAAAAAGGCAACAGAACACGUCUGCUGAGGCACAUUGCCGUGUGGGAUGGCAAAGAGGUAAAGGUAACAGGCACUUACACUGGACUCUUCCCAAAGUUGUCUGGAGGUCAUGAUGUUCAGGUGGAACUUUUCCAUCCUCUCUCCAUCCCUUUCCCAUGGCAUGCCAGGGUCAACUUAUAUGUGAAACAUUCGGCACGGAGUCACCGGGAUGAUCUUACUGUCAUUUGGAAUGAGAAGGACCAGAUAUCAGUGUCAUCAUCUCUGAAGUUUGGAAGAGACCGUACAAACUACAGAGCCACUGUUGCCCACCCAUUUAAUUACACUCUGAAGCAACUGGAGGUCCAUUCCCUAUCAGAAAGAAGAGGCAGAAAGUACAACCAGCAGCUGCAGCUCACAGGGAAUGGUGGGCAGCCUGCUGACAUCCGACUGACCCUGGAGGAUAAAUCAAAGAUGAACAUCACUGCCUGGGAUGGCUGUAUGACACUCUCUUCAGGUCAGCUUCAGAGAGUAUUAAGUAUGGAACACCUGCAUGCAUGUGGGUCUCUAGAGCAAAGAUCGGCAUUGUUUAACGAAUAUCUAGAUCUGAACUGGGAUGACAAGAAAUUCAAACACAAUUUAACAUAUGAGAGAAAUCAGUUCUUGUAUCCUGAUAAAUUUCAGUUCGAAGCUGUUCUGGAAAAUAUUUUCCUGACCUCAUGCGCCAAACAGAAGAUUCUAGGUAAAAUGGAAACAAACUACUCGUCUUGCCUGGACUAUUAUAUGAGCUUUGAGUUCUGUGACCUUCCAAAUGUAAUUGUUUUCUCUGGAAAACACCGGCUCAACAAAGAUGACAUCAUUUUGCAAUCAGAGGGCAGAUUCCACCUUGCUGAUCAUGGGAGAGAUGAGGGGUUGAUUGGAGUAUCCUUAAAAAAUCAGAGUACAGUUGAUGUGAAGAACUAUUCUUUGGAAAUUGAAUUAAGAGCCUUUGAAGAUACUUGGCUAGGCCUGACGGGAACUGCUACUUCCUCAUCCGUUCAGAGCCAAAUCCUGGUGGAGGGGAUUAUUGAUCAGAAAGAGAAAGUAAAAGUAGCUGCUUCUAAAGGAAAGGAGUGUUUUCAGUACUACAUGGGGUAUUUGAAAGGGGAUUUGGAAGAAGGAAUGGAAGUCAGUGCUUGUACUGAUGGGCAACAGAUGGCUACCAUUAAUACCUAUCUCAACAUUAAUGGUGAAAGGCAAGAAAACAUGGGACAAAUGACUCUAGCAGCUGUUAAUGGAAGCUUGAGUUUUCUGGCUCAUGGAUGCGGGAAUCCAGUUCUUAAGGCUGAGUACAAACUUAAUGAAAUUGGGAGCCUUCUGAAAGCCAAACUGAUGGAGAAGAUGAAGAAGUUUGACGGAUAUAUGUGGAGAUUCAGGAGAUCAGUGCAGCAAGUUGAUUUUCUGUCUGAAGCAGCUGGCUGGCCUUCGAUAGCCCUGCAAAAGGUAGCAGGAUUCCUCCACAGUGUGGGUAGAGCUGUUGCCCAGGUGUGGAAGCAAAGUGGAAUCAGGCAGAUACUGAGAAGCAAGCUCCCGCUUUACCUGGAUAAAAUUCAAGACAUUGUCCAGCAAAUGCAGAAUGAAUUGCAAAAGCCAGUAGCAACUUUGAAGGAUGCCUACUACGAUGUAACCUUGAAGCCACUGGAUGAAGUUUGGCAAGAGAAGACAGAAGAGUACAUGAAGAAAAUCCAGGCUUUUUUACCCAAGAUUGUAAAAGAUGUGUGGCUAAUGGAACCAAUCCAGGUGGCAUUAAAGGUUGUGAAAGCAGGCUUGGAUAUGACUACACAGCAGAUGCUCAGGUGGGCAGAGGCCGUGUUUUCUAGAGCUGUGAGCAAGAUCCGGAAGCCCUUACUCAACCUUUACAGUUUUUCAGCCAGGAACUGUUCGGUGGCAGUAAAACUGCCAGUACUUCCUAAAGCAGACCGCUCCCUGGAUCUGGCAAAUGUUACUAAUUAUCUCAUUGAAGAAAAGCUAAUGAGGCCUCUCCAAGACCUCUACAAUAUCAACAUAGUUGCAGAGUAUUAUAGAUUCAAACGGAGGAUGAUGGAGAGUCCCUUUGAAUAUCAUGCUAUGUUAAUGGGAACCAAGCAUCUUAUGACUUUUGAUGGGAAAAUUUAUGAUUUGACAUCAAAGUGCAGUGUACUUCUUGCCAAGGAUUUUGUUCACAAUACUUUCACUGUAAUACUAAAUGAGGACACUCGUAACUCAAGAUCACUGUAUGUGGAGAUGAACCAGACCGUGAUCAGUAUCUACCCAAGACUGAAGAUAUCCAAGAUGUAUAACUUUUCCUUUAUGGAAGAGAACUGCCAAGUACUGGAUCAAUCCCUUGAAAAGAAUACCACUAAUUCAAGGAGAGAAACCAACAAAAUAGAAGUGUCUAAUCAGAAAGGAGUUUCUGUCUCUUGUGACUUUCAGUAUGAUCUCUGUACUGUCACUCUGGCUGGCUGGCACCAUGGUAUUUCAGCUGGGCUUUUUGGUACCAAUGAUAAUGAAGCUGGAAAUGAAUGGAUACUUCCUAAUCGUUCCUUCACUGACAACGUGCAAGAGUUCACACAGAGCUGGCAGGGUCUGUCUUGGAGCCAGCUGGCAUUGGCUUUAUCGGACAUAGGGGAAGUUUCUAGCAGCUUCUCACAGAAGCCACCCCUGCAGCCCCCCGCUACCAAAACCUUGCCAUGCAAGCCCAAUAAUAGAGUAAUUCUGUUUUCCCAGGUGAACAAGUGCAGUCUCAUGCAGAAGAAAGUGAAGCCAUGUCCAACUACAGCUAAGCAAAACGUCUGUGAAGUGUUUUUUGAAGAAUCAAAUUCACUUCUUAGGAACUGCUUCAAAGUUGUGGACCCUGAACCAUUCUACAGCAUGUGUACGUACGACACCUGUGAAUCGCAGGAGUUGAAGGCUGCCUGCAGUUUAGCAGCAGCUUUUGUUCAUUUGUGCAACCGAAAUUUUGUCCCUGUGGAAAUUCCUCCUCAGUGGUUUUUUAUUAAACUCUGUCUCCACUGGAUAUUCUGCGUACAGUACCUUCUUUGAACUAUGAUAUGUAUUGACUACAAACUGCUACAUAAAUAAUGAUAUAUAAACAAUAA